AUGGCCUCCUCCGGCCCCAUCACCACCCCGCUCACAACCCUCCUGGGAAUCAAACACCCCAUCCUCCUCGCCGGCAUGGCCCGCACCUCCUCCGCCCCGCUCGCCGCUGCGGUCUCCAACGCCGGCGGUUUAGGGGUUAUCGGCGGCUUCAUGUACACCCCCGACCAGCUCCGUGGCAUCGUCACAGAGCUCAAGUCCCUGCUUGCUCACCCCUCCCUCCCCUUCGGUAUCGACCUUGCCCUCCCACAAGUCGGGGGCAACGCGAGAAAGACAAACCACGACUACACCAACGGUAAACUCGACGAGUUGAUUGAUAUCACGAUUGAGUCCGGAGCAAAACUGUUUGUCUGCGCAGUGGGGGUCCCGCCGAAGCAUGUAAUUGAACGGUUGCACAGCGCAGGGAUUCUAAUCAUGAACAUGGUUGGUCACCCCAAGCACGCUGUGAAAGCGUUGGAUCUUGGGGUUGAUAUGGUCUGCCCUCAGGGGGGGGAGGGGGGUGGGCACACGGGGGAUAUCAGUGGGACGGUGCUUAUUCCUGCGGUGGUUGAUGUUGCGAGAAAAUACAAACCCCAGAUGCUCAACGGGCAGAGUGCUAUGGUUGUUGCUGCGGGAGGGAUUCAUAACGGGAGGGGGCUGGCUGCUGCUUUGAUGCAGGGUGCUGUUGGGGUUUGGGUCGGGACGCGGUUUGUUGCUUCGGUUGAGGCGGGGUGUUCGGAGCAGCAUAAGCAGGCUGUUGUCGAGUGCGGCUUUGACGAGACGGAGAGGACGUUGGUGUUGAGUGGACGGCCGUUGAGGAUGAAGACGAAUGAUUGGGUUAGGGGGUGGCAUGCGAAGCCGGAUAUGAUUAGGGAGUUGACCGGGAAGGGGGUGGUGCCGAUUGAGUAUGAUCUUGAUAAGGGGAAUGAGAUUGAUGUGCCUCAUCUCAUGGGCCAGGUUGCGGGCGCGAUCCAAAAGGUGCAGCCGGCCAGGGAGAUUGUCGAGGAGAUGGUGGAGGAGGCGGUGCAGAUGUUGAGGUUGGGGGGGCAGUAUCUUGCCGGGAAUAAAGGGCCCAAGUUGUAG